AUGUCUUCCUGUAGCAUCUGUGAAACUUUGGAUAAUAUAUCAGAAGAUUCAGAAGAUUGGAUUCAAUGUGAUAUUUGUGGGAAAUGGUUUCAUGUGAAAUGUUUGAAUAUGAAGAGUUCAGAUGUCAAUGAGAUUUUAUCUUACCAUUGUAAGAAAUGUGAACAUAGUAAAGGUGCAUCAAUUUUGAAAAGACGUCUGAAAAGAGCCAAAGUUAAUAUUGAUUAUGUAGCUUUGAAUGAUGGAGACUCGUUUGCAAUUGAUAAAUCUAUCCAUCCUCAUGUUCAUAAAUUUCACGACUUCCCCGUUCAUGUGGAUCGAACAAAAGGUGUAUAUGUUGAUAUCAUGGAUACCCUAACAUUUGAUUAUGCGGUUUCGACUAAAUUGAAAAGACCCAUUCUAAUACCUUGUGAAUCAGAGAUAGAUGUGGGCAUGAAAUUGCCUUGUAAAAAGGAUUCAAUAACUAUCGAUUACAUUUUGGAUAAAGUAGGUGAUGAUCAACCAGUUGAGGUCAUGGACGUUUUAUCACAACAGGGAGUUAGCCCUGGUUGGAACAUGAAGCAAUGGAGAGAUUAUUUCCUGACAGAUAAGGAGAGUAGAGAUCGAAUCAGAAACGUAAUAUCGCUAGAAGUUAGCUCAGUAGAUGGAAUGGGUAAAGACUUCACCAGACCUCAAAUGGUAGAAGAAUUGGAUUUGGUAGAUAAAGUAUGGAACGAUCCUUCUGAUAGACCUCAAGUGACCAAAUAUUGUUUGAUGUCAGUUGGAGGCUCAUUUACAGACUUUCAUAUUGAUUUCGGUGCCACUUCGGUCUAUUAUACUGUGUUGUCCGGAGCUAAAACUUUCUUGAUGUUUCCUCCAACAACUGAUAAUCUUAGUUUGUAUACUUCGUGGUGCUUGGAACAAGACCAAAACUAUAUGUGGUAUCCUGAAUAUCUGAAAACAUUACAUGGGAAAGCUACCACCCCAAGUGAUGGAUUCAAGGUAACCUUAAAACCAGGUGAUGUUUUCAUCAUCCCCAGUGGGUGGAUCCAUUGUGUAUAUACUCCCGAGGAUUCCUUGGUUAUAGGGGGAAAUUUUCUUACUACAAUGAAUAUGAAGACUCAGUUAGAUGUAUAUAACAUCGAAAAGAAAACUGGUGUUCCUUUGAAGUUUAGGCAUCCUCAGUUUAACAAAGUUAUCUGGUUGGCUAGCUAUUACUACUUGAAUAACAAGCAAGAGUUCGUUAAGGACAUCGGAUACGUUAAGCCUGAAGUGAAAGAAGAAAGUGAUGACUUGCCCGUAGUCAAUCAUCCUAAAACCAUCAUUUCAACGAUGAUCAAACACCUUGAAGAUCAUUAUCAAACCAGUAAAACCAGCCAAGUAGCUAAAAAAAGCAUACCUACCCAAUUAAUAGGCAAGGACAUUCCGGAUUAUCUCUCCAAGCUUGAAUCAUGGUAUAACGAAUUUUAG